AUGGUGCUCCUUCACGAGCUGGUCUCCUCGGUAGCGGAGCACUGUCGCGGCCUGGUCGUGGGCAAGCGCGUGCAGGUGUUGGAGGGUCGAAACUUUGCGACUUUCUCAGGUGGGGAGCUGGGAAAGCUUCUCAGCCUCGACGUCGACUCGCAGCUCUGCCUGGUGCACUUCAAGGGUCGUCCCAGUCCCGUGGAGGUGCCCGUGCGACACCUGCGAGGUCUUGGUGCACCGAAGGAGGAGCUUUCUUCGCCCGUAACGCGAAGCGGGCGAAGCGGAACGCAGAACGUUGAGGCCGCGAGCCGAACGCCUGUGGCCAACGCAGAAGCCGCAGCGUUGAAGGACAUGUUGGCGCUGGCCUCUCCUGGCUCGCCCAGGGCGGCCGGCACGACCGCGACCGCAGGGACCGCAGGGACCAGCACUUUGCCGACCGUGACGAGCCCUGAAGGCGCCUGGUUCACCCUCUGCGAAUGUUCUCCACGAAGUUCCUUCUGCACCCCGUGGAAGCAGCAGGAAACCACAGACUGGAACAGCCAGACAGGAUCCACCCAGGCCUCCGCCUCGCCCAUCGACACGGUCUGGCGGGAGCCGCCGGAGCCGCAGCCCAAGCCGCCGCCGGCGAGGGCCUGGAGGCUCCCCACCUCCGAACCGCUACCCUUGGGUGCCGUUGGAACGACGCUCCUGCGCCCGGCGCCCGAGCCGCUGGCCGCGGUGGCCGCGCUGCCGGAGCCGGUGGCCGCGCCAGCGAUAGAGCCAGCCGUGGCCGGGUUGCUGCCUCCAGGUAACCUGCUGGGCAGCAUUUCCAGCCUCCCCACUGUUCCAUUCAGUUCGCCUCCCUCGGUGAAUGUACGUUGCAGCGUUUCACCCUUUGGCACCUUCUAG